AUGCCAAUAUUACCACGAUCCACCUAUUACAAUAGGGAUUACAGGCAAUCUGCUGCCCUUAUCCGAGCUCGAAAACCAUACCUGAUCAAGAAUGCUAUUACCGGAGUGGGCAUGUUCGCGUUUUGCAUAGGAGUUUACGCUUUCACAAUCCAAGCAGUAUCCCAAGACGAAUUUGAAGACGUCAAAGUUCCCGACGCCGCUCAGUCACCUACACCUCAAGCAAGCACGAGUUAG